GUUCAAGGAAUACACAUCCACUUUCCCUAUCUUCACAAGUCUUUGCCGUGAAUUCAACAUAUCAUCAAAGUCCACAAGCUUCAGCUUACGACGUAGAAGUAUUAUACACAUUUCUUCUAAGCCUUGACAUCGCCAUUCUAUUAGAAUUUCUUUGCUCUUUUUUUUUCUUCUUUUAGUUGGCAUGAGAUACGGUUUUUGCGUACUUUAACUAAUCGCUUUCCCAAGCCCUUCAUUCUUUUCUGCUUUAUGACGAUAUGAGUAAAAGCUGGCAAAUAUAACAAUUCACCCCUCAUGGAAUCCAUACAAUCCCGCGUCGACUCUGUGCGAAAUGCUGUCACUUCGGUUUCGACAUGCACUGCUACAAUCUCAGCUACCGUUAAAGAACUUCUCCAAGACAACGACGCGAAUAAUGACGCCUCAAAACCAGCUUCGAAAGCGCGAUCGACAAAGUUAACAAGAGCACCGAGUAGAUCAAAUACUAUGUCAGGAGGAUCGCGUACACAAGGCAAUGGAGGAGGCUUAUCAGCUAAAGAAAAAGCUGUCCUGGCCACUCAGAUCGUCACCGCCAGUCUUAAAGCUUUGGGAGAGGCAGCAAAAUCUACGACAAAUUCCACCCCGGAUGCGCGCGAACCGACCAAGAACGAUCCCUCUAAAUCCGCAUCCCGAAAUGGUCUCAGGAGAUCGAUGUCAGCCCCCACGAAGCCAUUGUCAGUCCGGUCUCUGAACAGAGUUGUGACGUCGCCUGUCGUUUCGAAAACGUCUCGAUCACCCAUACCAGCUACUUCUUCGAUAGGAUGUCUAUCCCUGAUAGAAUGCGCGCGUGCGGCAUUUUCGGCAUUGACACAUCUAGAAUCGUCAAAGGUUGUCCAUCUUCCCGAACUGCAACUGGAGGCAGGAAUAUCAUCAUUUGUCAGCAAGCUCAUCGCGUUAAAUCAAUUUGAUAUAGCAUUAAGAGAGCUUAGGGUAUUAAAGCGACGGUUAGGGCGUACAAAUCACGAAGAGGCUAAAAACGCGACGGCACGCUCGAAACCGGAGCUCAAUACGAUAUCAAAAUCCUUUCCCGAAUUACUAGAUUUCUCUACGGUCGCCGCAUCUGGGCCGUUGCUUGGGUUAAUUAUCACCACUCAACUUCAGACCCUUCGGAUCAUACAUGGUCUUAAAAAGUCGUCACAUCUCGAGAGCGUCUUGCCUUUAUUAAGGGAAACCUGCCCCUCUUCUCCUAUAAAUCUACUCUUAUCGUCCCUUAAGGUUGCCAACCCGGAUCAGACCAAAUGCGCGAGACAACUGGAGAGUUUAUCUCAAACUCUGCUUUCUUUAACCCCCAGUGUAGCGGCCAAGGAUGACGACUUUGCCGUGGAGCCAAAGCUGUCCCCAAGCCCUGAAGUGGCAUUGGAGGUACAAGCCCUUGGCUUGGCUACCCGUCUACAGUCAUGGAGUGUAUCUGGACAUAGGGGGGACGUUGAUAAGGAUAUCUUAUCCCCUCUCUCCAAGUGUCUAACUGCUUUCAUUAGAAGGGCAACCCCUAGCCGCUUUUCAAUGGCUGUCACCGCUUUCUCUCAGGUCUGGAAACGUGUUGAAAAGCUAGGGCUGAGGCCAACAGAAUCAUCUCGAUCUCCCUCAGCCACGAUAUAUCAAGUACUCGCGACUGCGUCUCAAGAAUCGGGAAAUACCAACGAGGCGAAGAAGUGGUUGACUAAGAUCAAAUCCUUAACCAACCCAAGCGAAGAUUCUGCUGCAAGAUGUUGUGCCGUUACUGCUAGACUGUUAGCACUCUCUCUCAAGCAGUCCUCUCAGGUUGAUGAGAGAGUACUUGUGGAAGUCUUGGACGGGUUACGAGGAUCGCUUGGUGGCACAAGCGCAGAAAUGGACGACCUGCUAGACAGUGUAUGUCUCCUACGAAAGUCUAUGGUGAAUAUAAUCAUGGAAAAGAAGGAUGGCUCUUCCUCACCUUCACACGGAAUGAACGAACUUCUCGGAACUUUCAUCUUUCAACUACCACGAUUCUGUCUGAGAUGGCUGGGUAAGCCACCGAGUUCGACCAACUCUGCCAAGGAUUUUAUUCGGUUCGACCAACGUCGGGGGUUGUUGUCAACAUAUUUACCACAUAUCCUUGACUCAGCUCUCAUGCUUGCAAAAUUGCUGCUAGACAAUAGCCGAAUAACCUGGGAUGUUCUCGAUUCUACCCUCCAGGAUAUCUUAGCCCUUCUCGAAAAUAUUGAAGAUUUAGCUCGAUUGGAAACCAAGAACAAUCCAUCUCCCUCCUACCAUAUCAAAAUAUCUCAUUUAUACUACCAACAGCACCUUGCUCUACGAAAAACUCCCUCAAAGGAGACAGAAAUUAUAUCUCUCAAAGCGCUUCGAAAGUCUAUCGAGAGCGUGAAGAAUCGGUCCAGAGCGGAGCAGACCCGAGCCCAGCUAUUAGUCAAGUGGGAAAGAUUUGCCGAAUUAUGCAGAGCCUCGGGCAGAUUGGAGGAUGCUACCGAUGCCCUCCGCUCCAUUAGAGACCAUCUUGUUCGGCAAGAAGUCGUGUCGAAUAUAACUGCUAGCCUUGCAACAGAACCUUGGUGGGUAGCAUGGAAACAGAACUCUGAUGUCGAAUUACUUUCAAGGACGGUCUGCAACCUCGCGAAGCUUGAUCGGAGACAUAACGAUUGGACUUGGCUGCUUGUUGGCCAAGAUAAGGCUACAGCUCUCGAACACGAUCUCUACGCCAUCGUUUGCAAAGAUCAGAAGUUCCGCUACGAAUCGGACUUGUCAAGCCCCAUGAUAAAGACUCUACUAGAGUUUUAUUCUGUUGAGAAACAUCCGAUUCGCAGAUUGAGAACCUUGCUGCAGCUUCUCACUAUCCACAUGGGUUCACAAGAGGGGCUUGUCGACUUACGGACCGAGAUGGAAGGGGUUCUCGAAACGAUCAAGGAAGAAGCCCUAGCGGAUGAUUGUGGCUUAAUUCGCUACAUUCCGCACCUUCGAGCCUCUGCGACGUGCAUAUUGGGAUUGAUCGACUCGAACAUAGAUUCACCACAAGUUAAGGAAGCCUUGGUUCGAUGGAAACAGAUCGUCUCCCAAUGCCAAUCAACUGAACAGCUACUAGCUCACGUUGACAAUCCUUCUCAGCUGCUCACGAACCUGCAGUCUCUCGUCGAUUUUGCCCGGAUCAAGGGUCUAGAAACCCUCCAAACAGAGAUCCUCGAGCUCUCGAUGAGCCUCUCUAAACUUUCAGGAGAUUGCAGUCCCGAAGCGUCGAUAAGUCAGGGCAUCACACUUUGUCUGCAGCAUUUGAAUAAUGGCUGGUCAUCCAAAGCUGAGAAAUUCCUCGUAGACAACCAAGAAGUAAUUUCUCGACCAGACAUGACCAGAGAACUUAUUGUGAGCUUUCACUUGUCUGCCGCAGAGUAUCACCUGUCCUUGGGAGCCCUUGACAAGGCUGAGCAGCAUUUGAGUAAUGCUCGGAAUGCUGAGAUGGGCCUAUCGUCUGAGCCAGAACAAAGGAGAGGGAAGAGUACCAACCGAAGAAUAACUACAGCGUACGCGUAUUUCCUGUACUCGAAUCUCGAGCUCGAACGUGGCGACUGCUUUCACGCACUUCGCUUUGCCAAAACUGCUGUCAGGAAACUCUUUCAUGAUUGGUCUAGACUGGACGAAAUGAGGACCGCUGCCCCCGAUAUUUCCAUCGAGGAGUCUUCGCAAUCGGAUGCUUCAGAUAAAGACACGAGCCUCAACAAUUCUUAUAUGGAGCGCUCUGAUCUAUCCCGUGCCAGCGCUGGACCGGAGUUUUGGACAUUGGCUUACCAGCUGUUUCGAUUUCUUUUACAAUUGUCUUCUACUUACUCACAUGUUGGUAUGUAUCAAGAAACUCUGUAUUAUGCCGAACAAGCGCAGAAAGUAGCGAAGAGUAUGGAAUCAGCUGUGUAUAUUUCUCAGUCUCUUGCUUGGCUGGCACGAGUGUGGCUUAUGGCUGGCAAGCUGGAGAAGGCGGUAGAGAUAGCAGCCGAAAUCAAGCCUAUAACUCUAGGCUUAGAGCCUACCUACCAGAAUGCGAAGGUGCUGUGUCGUCUAAGUUCGAUUUACGGAGAAAUCAACGACGAAGAGGCGCAAGAGGAAGUAAUAGUCAGGGCAGAGGCCAUGCUCAAGAUCUUGAACAGCACUCACAAUGCGAAUAGCUCGGUUGUGGAAGUACUAGAAUCAGACAUGGCAGGACUGAGGAUUGAAGAAAAACCUAUUGCUAAAGCUGCGGUGCGCCGCACCGCAGUAGCGAAACGGCCCAGAGCUCCGACUAAGACCGUCCCGAAGAAACCAGCAGUAAGAAAGGCGCUGCCACCACCCGAAACUCCGGUACAGGAUAAACCUGAGGAAACACAGUUAUCCUUCUUACGCGCCUCGAUCCUCCAAAUCCAAUCGACACGCCUGCUUGAUGCCAACGAUUGGGCAGCGGCAGUAUCUACCCUCCGAACGGCAUAUGAGCUUUCCAAGUUGCCCACAGAUGUGUCGCAAGCCAGCUUCUUAAUGGGUGUGGCAUUGAUUGGGCAGAGUCUAGAACAGAUAAGCCAAGACGCCGUGUUUUCCGUCAUUCAGGACUCGACUCUUUCGUUCCCUUCAGUAGCGGGAUCUUUUAAGGACAGAAUCGCAUCUGAUCGGUUAUCUCCAAUAAAACCAAUGGCUCCUCGAAAGGGUCGCGGGCCGGCGAAGAAUGCACAGAACACGCGGUCUUUCGUCGAGAAAUUGCGCGAAGCACAGGGACAUUUACUAGCGGCACACUCUAUCGCGAGUCUUAACGGCGAUGGUGACUUGGUUCAUCGUAUUGCUACAGUGCUACAGAAUGUGGUUAUUCUCUUAUCGAAUACGAACUCGUCCAAACCGGCGGCAAGCCAUCCUGCUCACGCCACUUGCACAGUCGAACUAGCACGCAACCUCACCUGGCGACGCGAGCGCAAGACCCUCCAUUUAGAAGCCGUGAAGGAACCCAAGUUAGAUUGGCCUGUGCUGAUCAACGAUAGCCAAGGUAGACGUACCAGCCUUGGCCUUUCCCUGGAUAUGGAUUGCUUUCAAAGAGAUUAUGUCGAUAUCAUCCCCAAAUCCUGGAAUGUCAUAUCUGUAUCUCUAAGCGAUAACGAGCACGAUCUCUGCGUCACUAAGCUCCAGCCAGGCCAUAAUCCCUUCGGAAUUCGGCUUCCGCUUGAAAGGGCUAGCUCCAGAGAUGCAGACUGCGAAGUAUUAAGCUUCCACCAGGGACGAGCGGAGUUACUCAAGAUUAUACAGAUGGCUAAUCGCACCUGUCACGAUGCACGGGACAUGAGUCAAAAAGGCGCGAAGUCCGCGUGGUGGUCUGAGCGAGAACAACUCGACGAACGGUUAAAGAACCUUAUGGACUGUAUCGAACAGUCAUGGCUAGGCGGAUUUAAAGGCAUAUUUUCGCAUCACCGACGACGAGAAGAUCCACUUGUCCAGUUCCAGAACAGCUUCGAGGCCAUCCUUGACAAAAACCUCCCCUCGAGGCGCAAAGUCCGCGGCAAAAAGACGAAAGCAGCUCCUGCGACACAGAUCAACCUCGACCCUAGGAUAUACGACUUAUUUAUCGGUCUAGGGGAUCCGAUAGCUCGCGAGGGCGACCUUGAUGACGCUUUGACAGACUUGCUAUAUUUCGUUGUCGACAUCCUACAGUUCCACGGCGAGAGGAAUGCUUACGACGAAGUCAACUUCGACGACAUGGUGGUGGAGACCUACGACGCCCUACACGCGUAUCACGUCGCUGCCAAGAGUGCUAAGGACGCGGACGAGGCCGUGCAUACGAUUCUGAUCCUCGACAAGCCCUUACACGCUUUCCCCUGGGAGUCUCUGCCGUGUCUGCAGGGCUUGGCGGUAUCUCGCGUCCCGUCUCUCGACUGCCUACGCAGGUUAAUUCUGGAGGCCAACCCGUGCAGCCCAGACAAAGACGAACAAGCUAGCAGCAGUUCUAGCCAGCGACAGGGCCACUACGCGUCCAUCAACUCGGGCACGUAUAUCCUCAACCCGGGCUCCGACCUCAAAAACACCCAAGCGACCUUCGGCGGCGCGCUAUCGUCCCUCCCUCCGGCGUGGGACAGCGUCGAGAUGCGGGAGCCGACGGAGGCCGAGUUCGAGUCGGCGCUCGCGACCAAGGACCUGCUGCUGUACUUCGGGCACGGCAGCGGUGCGCAGUACAUCCGGGGGAGGACGAUCCGCAAGAUGGACAAGUGCCGCGCCGCCGCGCUGCUCAUGGGCUGCAGCUCCGCGUCGCUCGCGGACGCCGGGCGCUUCGAGUGCCACGGUCCCGUCUGGAAUUACAUGCUCGCCGGGUGCCCCGCCGUCGUGGGGACCCUCUGGGACGUGACGGAUCGCGACAUCGAUCGCUUCGCGGGCAGGGUGUUCGAGGAGUGGGGGCUGCUGCCUAAGGGUACGUUUGCCGAGGACGCGGGCGCAGGCGCGAAAGGGAAGAAGGUCGCGCGAGGAGGAGCUGGAGGUGGAGGGGGGAAUAAAGCGGGUGCUGAGAAGAAGAGCAAGGCAGCGCCGCCGCCGCCGAGAGGAGAGGGAGAAGAAGGCUGGGGUAAGGCGAGCCUCGUGGAGGCGGUUGCUAAGGCGAGGGAUGCGUGCCGCUUUAGAUACCUCACGGCGGCGGCGGUGUGCGUCUACGGCAUCCCGGUAUAUAUCAGCGAUCGUUGAUAUGGGAUGCAAUGCUAUCGUAUCGUAUGUGUGGCCUUAGGUUGGUGGAGAUGAAGAUAGAUCCUUAAGGGGUAAGGGAGAAAGAAGCGACUGCCCCUUAGAGUAGAGCAGAGCCAGCAGAGCAGACUUCGCUCGAGAGAUCGCAUUCAGACAGGGCAGCGGCAUUUCAUGUGGCGUUUUGGAUUGAAGGUGGAUAGAUUAGAGCUCUAGAUACCUUUGUUUGUUGUUAUUGUUCUUGUUGUUGUGGUUUGUGGUUGGCGUUGGGACUUCCCUACUACUUACCAGGCGCGUUGAAAGCCAGGAUAACUCCCUAAAAACUUGCUUCUUCUUCUUUUUUUCAGAGUAUUAUGUAUAAUGUUAAGCUAAUGAUUCCUCAGAACAAACAUAUUGGUGCUCUGGGUUAGGUAUGGCGUGCUAGCGGUGAUAUUUUUUUGUGAAUAUGUACCUCCUACCUUGUAUGCUGUUAUUCGAGUUUAUUGUUUUGGGAACAUUGCUCACUACCUCAAACUUGGAGCUUCGUGGUUUUCUUCAAC